CAGCCACGCGUUGUGUCCCACCCACCCAGCCACGCGUGGAGAGAGAGAGAGCGAGAGUCUCCUCCUCCCCUUCCAGAUCGCCGCCGCCACCUCUCCCUCGCGCCGCCACCAGCACCACUCCUUCCGAGCGCGUGCCGCCCAUCGUCCUCCUAUCCUCCUAUCUCGCCGCCCAUUCAUCCGAGCCCGACGACGCCAGAUCCGCGCGCAGCCCAUCGUUCUGCACCUCCCGCAGCAGAUCCAGGGCACUGCCGAAUCUCACUGUCGACAGAUGCACCGCCGCCCUGCAGCCUCGGCGUCGCGGUCGGCUGGCUCGCCACCGCGCGCGUGCUUCAUUGCGCGCCGCUCCGUCGAGCUGGAUCCUCGGAAGGCCGCCGUCCACCUCGCGCUGUAGGGAGGGGUCCAUCGUCUCCUCGGAGGAGGGGACGGCCAUGUUUGUUGUACUCCACCCUAGCAGUCGAUCCCGGUCGUUUGCUGCUUCACCAGCCUCCUCCUCUAGCAUCUCCGCAAGGGCACCCGACGACAGGCAGGUCGUCGACGCGCUGGACCUCAAGGCCGGUUGUGCUGCUCCUUCUGCCUACGUCUUUCCUCGACAACGUCCCCGACCUGCAUCCAGCUGCUCCUUCCCCAGCCCUCCUCAACUUCGCUCCGGAAGAAAAAGGAGAACGGGCAACAUGGAGAAAGAUGCGGUGCUGGUGUGCAUGGUCCUGGGCUUUCUGGGCUCCGUCGCGGUCACCCUCGGCUUCGUCGCCAACAACUACAGCUCCAAGUCUGUGCAGUACAACGGGACGAACUGCGUGUACCGGAGCCCGCCGGCGACGGAUCUCGGCAUCCUGGGGGUGUUCCUGGUGUUCAUCAACCAGGUCAUCCUCGCCGCCUAUGCCAGCGGCUGGUGCCUCUGCAUGUGUUGCUGCUGCCCCUGCUGGACCAAGCGCCGCCGGCUGGUGCCAACACCGUCCAAGUGGAACCCACAUAAAGAGCUAUGUGAGCCCUCCUGGAUGGGGCUUAUGUUGGACCUCUGAUUGAGCUCCCCAUAGACUUUGACCCAAGCAUCCUCGUGACAGGGUUUGUCGGAACCGCCAUCGCUUUAGGGUGCUUCUCCGGCGCCGCCAUCAUCACCAAGCGCAGGUAGUACCUGUACCUCGGUGGCCUGCCCUGUUCUGGCAUGUCGGUCCUUCGACAUGAAACUCUCAAGAACGCAGGUGACAAGAAGAGGAAGAGGAGGUCCUGAACGUUUCUCCUGCACAUCGUAGAUACCACCACCGUGGCCUUGUAGGAAUUAAGCUGGCGCUGUGCCACCCUUGUGUAUCUGUUUUUGAUUGUAUGUGGAAGUUGGACGUGCAUACGUGUAUUUGCUCUUGUGAGUAUUUGACUGGAUGUUCUCUGGAUUUAAUCAGUUAAUUGAUAGAUUUAUUGAUAUUU